CGAACGCUCCGGGGCACAGAAGGGGUGGUGACAGUUGGAGAUAUGGUGCGUGUGUACGUGGCUGCUCCUCUCACAGGUGGAGAAACGGCAACAUUGCCACUCUGGAUCCCGCAGAACAACGGUCUGUCUAUGCUGUCGUACCGGAGGUCCAAGCCUUUGGGUAAGGUGAGACGGCGUCUCCUGGACAUCAGGAGCCCCACCUCGCCGGUGGCCCUGCUAGAUCUCAGCCACAACGAAAACAUCCGUUUGGCCACCGAUGCCCUCCUCGACCAAGGCCGGCAGGCCUACCAGGAAGUGCUGGCCAGAGAAGGAGAGGUGGACUUCCUGUCUUCUGAGGAGAAGCGGUACAUUUUGGAGAGCGCCAGGGAGCAAAGCUGCGGCGUUUGUGAAGCAGAGGAGGGAGGAGAUGGCGUAGGGUCGACACCCUCCGAGUUCUUGCAGUCUGACGACCAGAGCUGCUGCCCCCUUGUAUCUGAGAGUAACAUCCCCACACUGGAAGAUAGCUGUCAGGCAAGAUUUGGCCACCACCUACAGGGCACACCCAGCGUGGAGGUCUGCUUCCAGUCAGACAGAGCUACCAGCAUGAAAGACUUAGUCAGGGAGUUCAUCAGCAAAUCCACCAAGGAGGUUGCAAUAGUUAUGGACACCUUCACUGAUGUGGAGGUGUUCUGUGACAUUCUGGAAGCAAUGAAGCGCGGCGCGUCGGUCCAUCUCCUCCUGGACCAUCUCAACGUGGCCCUAUUUGAGAACAUGUGUGGGGAUCUCCACAUCAGCUGCACCCAUCUUACUAAUAUGUCUGUUCGCAGUGUGCGAGGGGAGACCUACUGUUCAAAGUCUGGCAGGAAAGUGACUGGUCAGAUCAAAGAGAAGUUCAUCAUCUUAGACAGCAUCGAGGUGCUGGCUGGAUCAUACAGUUUCACCUGGCUUUCCUGGCAGGUCCACAGGAACCUGGCUGCCAUCUUCAAGGGCAGUGCAGUCCAACCCUUCCACCAGGAGUUCACACGACUCUACGCUUGUUCCCAACCUAUACCAGGUCUCUAUGUUACCGGCCAGUCCAAACUUCCUCCAUCUGUCCUCCAUCUCCAAGAGAAACAACCAAUGUCUACAUUCAUUCAAACCCACCUUACCCAGCUGGAACAAGCAGCUACCCCACCCCUACCCCACCUCCCCCGGCCAGACGUCCAGCCAGCUUCCCUGGGCCUAGGGAACCAGCGGUUGUACAUGGCCCCCCAAGGGCUCCAAUGGAUGCCCCAGAGGCACACCAACAUCAACAGGCCCAUGGCGCACCAGAGUUUUUUCUCUAGUGAUCUCAGUGAUGGACACUUACCCUGGCAUUUCCCAAACAGCAAUGCCAGACCUCUAGGAGGGACAGUGGGCUUGAUAUAUAGGCACCAUCUUCUCAUGACCAAUCUGUGGUUCACACAUAAGUCAUCUGAAUAACUCAGUAGUGACUGGGCAGAAUUUCAGUUAGAAUCACAUAUUUGAAUAUCGUAGAAAAAUCUGCCUUUUGUCAACUUGUGUUUUCUGCAGAGAUUGUCUGAAGCCUUUCCUAAAUGACCAUCAGUUCAUUUGACAUUUUAUACAAAACAUUCAUGGUUAAUAUAUGUAGGAGAUUGAUUGCAAGAGAUUGGACAGGAUUCACAUUUAUGCUUUUCCUGUUUGUACUGUAUUUUGUUCAACAGGUCAUCGUGAUA